UUGUGAUCAGGGCUGGAGGAGGGGGAGGGAAGGGGUCACUGGGACCUACCCCUUCUUAUAGUCCCUUGUAUGACAUCACAUACAGGGGGAGUGAUUUGUGGGUACGGUAGACUUUGUGUAAUAUACAUCACUUCCUAGCUGCCAUAAUACAAGUACUGUAGAUGGGGACUCUGGCUGCGCAGCCUCUCUGAUCACUGGAGCCUCUCUCUGCCAUUGUAUGAGCUGCACCAAUACAUGGCUUUCCUGCCUGACCAUGUACAGCACCAGCCUCCAGCCAGGAGAGUCUAUUCCAGGAUGGAGGCCUCGUGCUUGGAGCUAGCGCUGGAGGGAGAGAGACUCUGCAAGGCUGGAGAUUUUAAAGCCGGCGCCACGUUCUUUGAAGCUGCUGUCCAGGUGGGUACAGAAGACCUGAAGACUCUCAGCGCCAUCUACAGCCAGCUGGGCAAUGCCUACUUCUACCUGAAGGAAUAUGCCAAAGCACUGGAAUACCACAAACAUGACCUCACGCUCGCCAGGUCCAUAGGGGAUCGCAUUGGAGAGGCCAAAGCCAGCGGGAACCUCGGGAACACACUGAAGAUCCUGGGACAGUACGAUGAGGCCAUUGCGUGUUGUCAGCGGCACCUGGACAUUUCCCGGGAGCAGGGAGACAAGGUGGGUGAGGCUCGGGCACUCUACAAUGCCGGCAAUGUCUUCCAUGCCAGGGGGAAGCAGCUGUCCUGGAACAUGCCGCAGAUCCCGGGAGACCUGUCGGAGGAGGUGAAGGAGCCCCUGGUGAAGGCCACAGAGUACUAUGAGAGGAAUCUGGCCCUGGUGAAAGAAUUGGGUGACCGCGCCGCGCAGGGCCGGGCUUAUGGAAACCUUGGUAACACUCACUACCUCCUAGGCAACUUCAAUGAGGCCAUUGUGUUCCACAAAGAGAGACUGGCCAUAGCAAAAGAGUUUGGAGACAAAGCUGCAGAGAGACGGGCGUACAGCAACCUGGGCAACGCUCACAUAUUCCUGGGCAGAUUCGAUACCUCAGCAGAGUACUACAAGAAGACGCUCCAGCUCUCCAGGCAGCUGAAGGAUCAGGCAGUGGAAGCACAGGCCUGCUAUAGUCUGGGGAACACGUACACACUGCUCCAGGACUAUGAGAGAGCCAUAGAAUAUCACCUCAAGCACCUAUCCAUAGCGCAAGAACUCGGGGACAGGGUAGGUGAAGGACGGGCGUCCUGGAGUCUGGGAAAUGCCUAUGUGUCUUUAGGAAGUCACGAGGAAGCUCUGCGGUACGCCAGGAAGCACCUGGACAUCUCAUGUGAGAUUGGUGACCGGAAUGGAGAGCUAACGGCACGUAUGAAUGUGACACAGCUGGAGUCCGCGCUCAGCAUAGCGUCCAGUGACGAGACAUCUCAGUGCGAUGGCUAUGAAGCCCAAGGAGCCAGACCCAAGAGGCUGCACCGGAGCAGCAUGGACAGCUUAGACUUCAUCAAGUUUCCUUCAGAAAAGACCCGAAAUGGAGACAGUCACCACACGCCAGGUGUAAGGAAGGACUUUACUGCCAACGCCGCGAGAGGCGGGAAAUACAAAGAGCAUCACUUUCCUGCGGACACAAGGGCUCAGGACGCUGGCGCGGUGCACACGAUGGAGGUCAGGGUGCAGAUGCCUCACCUGAAGAUCAGCCGGGCCCCGUCGGAUGAGGAAUGCUUCUUCGACCUCUUAAGUAAAUUCCAAAGUAACCGAAUGGAUGAUCAGAGAUGCACGUUAGAGGAGUGUCAGAGCGGCGAGACGGAAACCACAGCGACAGCCAUUCCGGCGCUGGACGACCAGAUAUCUGCCUCCUCGCUAAUGGCCUCGCCCCAGACAGAAGAGUUCUUUGACAUGAUAGCCAGCUCACAGAGCAGACGGCUGGACGACCAGCGGGCAAGUGUGGGGAGCUUACCCGGUCUACGGCUAACGCACAAUAACAUGGGUCACCUGAGGGUAGAAGGAGACCAGCAGGAGCCCGGGGACGAGUUCUUCAACAUGCUGAUGAAAUGCCAGUCUUCACGGAUUGACGACCAAAGAUGCGCCCCACCAGACUCCACGCCACGAGGACCCACAAUGCCCGAUGAAGAUUUCUUCAGUCUCAUCCAGAGAGUACAGGCCAAGAGGAUGGACGAACAAAGGGUGGACCUGUCAUCCAGCCAGGAAGACGAAGAGCAGCAAGACAGUCAGAGGAGGCCGAGCAACAGCUAAGUGCUAGCUCUUCUGCCCGGACAAAUAUCUGCCUUUUACAAAGGAUCUGACUCCAUGUAGUCUCUGACAGCAGAGAACAAUGUAUGAAUUAGCCGUCCGUGUAUGUGCAUAGCUGCUGCAUAGAGCGUAGGAGGGUACGUCGUCUUAGUAAAUAUUCCGGAACAUCCACUUUUUAUAGGAUGAUGUUUUUUGUUUUAGACAAUUACUGAACAAUGUGCUGCAGUUUCAGACGGACAUUCCUCGCGGCACAAAGCACAGAUACAUGACGCUAGAGGCGAUAGGAGCCGUCUACCCAUGGAGCAAGUCACACCGUACAUGAGAUUUCUCUCUUCCUCAUGGAUCUGAGAGCAGAUAUGGCACUGUGCGGGGUAUAACAUCACAGAGAGCAGGUUACCAGGUACUAACAAUAGCAAUAACGAGGAGGCUCUGAUUAGUGAAUGAGGCCCAGAGAUCUGCUUUAUACAUGAUCACAUAACAUGCACAGUCAUAGCGGUGUCAAGGCGCAAAGCUCCCGGGCAAUCUGCCCCCUCUCUGGGGUAAAUACCGGCCUUCCUCUACCUGUGCCGCCCCAUCACUGACAGCACAGUGUUACCCUCCAGCCGCGGCACCGAUAUUCUAUAACAGGACCCAGCAUUAUAGCAGAGGAACACUACUGGCCCGUGACUGUAAUCUAGUCGCAGAUUGUACGAUACGUCACUAUGUGGGAGAAAGUAACAGGAUUUAUUGUAUUUUGUUUUUCUUCCCUUUCUAUCUGUACAAUAUACCUCCGCCUCAGUAUAAUCCCUGCUGCCCAGAUCCCAGGUGAUCCCUACUCUCUGACUGGCCAGGACCCCCCCCCCCCCCCCCCCCCCACAUAUAAUGUUACCGCUAUAUAGGGUGUACAGGACUGGUCGCUCUGUGUAGUGAUCCCUACUCUCUGACUAGCCAGGACCUCACAUAUAAUGUUACCUCUAUAUAGGGUGUACGGGACUGGUCGCUCUGUGCAGUGAUUUCUACUCUCUGACUGGCCAGGACCCCACAUAUAAUGUUACCUCUAUAUACGGUGUACAGGACUGGUCGCUCUGUGCAGUGAUCCCUACUCUCUGAUUGGCCAGGACCCCCCCACAUGACCGAGCCCUUACAGAAGGCGCAGGGUUGGAACGUUUCUCUCUCCCCCUGAGAUGCAAUGCAUAGCACUCCAUCAUGUGACACUGCCAGACGUCCAUCUUGGCACCAUUUAUCGCUAUAAAAGCCCAAAACACUAAAUACCACAAUGGAAAUAACACUGAAUCUAGGAGCCAGGAAUAAACUGAUCUCUACCAGAGGAUUCACCAUCCCCAACACCAUAACCACAGCCGGGCGCCAGGUAACGAGGCCGUGGUAAUCUGCGGAGAUCUGCCUCCAGCAAUAGACUGGCCGCUGUAGGAGAUCAGCACAGUGUACACAGCUACUACAGAGAAUACGUCCCACCAGGCAGCGCACACCUCUUACCCCCCUAAGGAAAAACACCCCCAGAACCUGCGCACCUACAUUUGGGUACCUCUCAAACACCACGCUCCGGGGGUCUCCUCUUCCCGCUUGGUCUGUGCUGUUGCCCACCCAGAGAAUCUCCCACUCAGGGCCCUUUAUACGUCUCUGACUCCCGAAAUAUGAAUACGGGAGGGGGGUUCUGUCAAAGCAGCACCCCCUACCACGUGGCACGGUUACUAUUACACCCAAUAUCAUGUCUGCAGCAUCUCCCCCAUUACAUCAUCAUCAGUCCGUGGCAUGGUCACUAUUACACCCAAUCUCAUGGCUGUGGCACCUGUCAGAGCAGCGUCUACCCCAUUACAUCAUAAGUCCGUGGCACGGUCACAAUUACACACAAUCACAGAUGGCUACAACAAACAUGUAAAGACUGGACCUCUGCGGAAACACAACGUAAAUGCAACAAUACUUGAAUGUAUUAAACUAUUUAUUAUCAUAUGUGCAUUUGCAGAAUUGUCUUUUCAGGAUGGGUUUAUAACAAGAGGUACGAGACUUUUUCCUGACAAAACAUCUGCCAAAUAUAUGAACAAUUUGUUUUAUUGUGCUCAGUAAAGAAAAAUAUUUUGUGGUC